AUGGUGUCGUUGAAACUCCAGAAACGGCUCGCCGCGAGCGUUCUCAAGUGUGGCCGUGGCAAGGUCUGGCUGGACCCCAAUGAGGGCAACGAAAUCUCCAUGGCCAACUCCAGUAAGCUCCUCUCUGUCUCCGUCCAUGUAUAUACAUAUGCUUUUAAAUUGACUGGCUUGAAUUGUUGUACUGGGCAAAACAUAAGAAAGCUUGUGAAGGAUGGAUUUAUUAUCAGGAAACCAACAAAGAUCCACUCUCGUUCUCGUGCUCGUAGAAUGAAGGAGGCCAAGAGAAAGGGCCGCCACUCAGGAUAUGGUAAACGCAAGGGUACUAGGGAGGCAAGAUUGCCAACUAAAGUGCUUUGGAUGAGAAGAAUGCGUGUGCUUAGGCGCUUGCUCCGCAAGUAUAGGGAAUCAAAGAAAAUUGACAAGCACAUGUACCAUGAUAUGUACAUGAAGGUGAAAGGUAAUGUCUUUAAGAACAAGAGGGUGUUGAUGGAAAGUAUUCACAAAUCAAAGGCUGAAAAGGCAAGAGAGAAGUCAUUGUCCGACCAGUUCGAGGCAAAGCGUGCUAAGAAUAAAGCAAGCAGAGAAAGGAAGAUAGCUCGAAGAGAGGAGCGUCUGGCUCAGGGACCUGGAGAGAGAGCACCAGCACCUUCGCCUGCAACACAACCUGCCGAGGGAGCUAAGAAAGGGAAGAAGAAGUGACCAUUAGAGAUAACGGUAUACAUCGCCAUAUUUGGAUUCUACCGGAGUUUGCUGUCACUCUUUUAUGACCAGUUUUAUUGCUCAGUAUGGCUCAAUAUCUUAAAAUUCUAUAGCCUGUAGUUUCUUUUGCUACCUGUUUUGUAGUGCGAUUGUUUGGGAAUGUAGUGUUUGAUUGGAAUAUCACUAUAAGCCUACAGGUAAUUGAAUGGAAGUACAAUUUUGAUCUUAAAAGCUGCUGCUCUUUCGGUUUAUGAUUAAGGU